UUCCCAUCAUCCAAGAAGGCAGGGGUCAUCAUAAUCCGACAAGCAUGGACGAGUCCAAGCGCAGCCCGGCCGCUGGCCACAGCAGCAAGGUCCUCGAGUUCAAUGACGACCCGUCGCCGGCCAGCCACCACGAGAACGUCCUCUUUGAAGACGACGAGGACGACGACGAGGUCGCACCGGCGCCUGUGGCCCAAGCGCCCCGUGUCAACUUUGCGCCGGCGCCGACGAAGUUGCACCACCCGUCGUCGUCGUCUUCGUCGGCCUCGACCUUCAGCUCGUCGAGCUCGUCGAGCGGCCGGAGCGCGGCGACGAUGAUUGCGAUGCUCCAAAAGCAUGGCUACAACCUCGAGGACCCGGACGCGGCCGAGGGCGCGUCCAUCUCGCUCAACUCGGCGAGCAUUCUCCACCUCCGCGAGCGCAAGAACAACCAGACGGCGUUCCACAUCGCGGCCAAGAAGGGCCACGUGGACGUACUCAAGGCGCUCAUGAAGCUGCCGCGCGCCGAAGAGUUUGUCAACGUCCCGGACAAGAUGGGCAACACGCCGCUGCACUUUGUCGCGUCCAAGGACAACGCAGACCUCCAGGAGCAGCUUGGCGGUCUCCUCCUCACGAUGGGCGCCAACCUGCACGCGAUGAACGUCCGCGGGCAGACGCCGCUCGAGGUGCACAUCGUCACGGCGCGCGCCGACACGUCGGCGUUCGUGCACCUGAUUUCGUUCCGGGGCAUGAACCUCAACACGCUCGUGAACGGGACGACGUAUCUGCACAUGGCCAUGGAGCGCGGGUACAUUGAGAUGGCUUGCGCGCUCGUCAAGGCCGGCGCCAGCGUCAACCUCCCGGACCACAACGGCGUCAUGGUCUCGGACACGGUGAACCGCCAGACGCUCGUCAAGAUGAUCCGCUGCAUGCGCGAGGGCACGCAGGCGCCGCCGCCGGACGUCCCGCGUGUCUCGUGCAAGCUGUGCAAGAACCCCAAGGGCCUGCUCGACUCGAUCCGGGACUGCACGCUCUGCGGGCGCACCGCGUGCCGCAACUGCUCCAAGAAGCUCUCGGAGUUCAAAGAGUUCAAGGACCCAGAGGAAGCGCGCCGCGAGAAGAUCGACAAGGAAGCGCUCGCCGCACGCUACUGCAUCACGUGCGUCAUGGUGCUUCAGCUGCGGGAGAAGAAGCUCGCUGACAAGAAGCGCUUCAACGACAGUCUGAUGGGCAUGAACCGCGUCUAAAUAGUAAGAGGAAGCAACUACCGUCUUGUGGUACAUGAGAUCUUAUUGCGUC